GUGCUGUUCGUCGGUGGUCGGGGAGAUUUUGUUACGGGCAUAAACCCAAUCUGUGAAAAUUGUGCAAAUAAUAAUUAAAAACUAGCUCAAAGCACAAGACUCUCUCUUCCUUUGGAGCACUGCACGAACGCAAAAUAACGGAUGAAACUCAACUGUAAAAGUGAAGUGAAAAAUCCAGCAAUAACGCAAUACGUAAACAAACAAAAUCAAAUAAACACGGAGAAUUAAACAUUAGACAAACAUUUUUGUAAGUGAAACGAAACAAUUUUGCAAAUCAAUUAAAACCAUUGGUUGUGUGUUGGCAUGUUCAGUGUGUUCGAUGCCGGUGCGGUUAAGUGUCGUCUAUGGCCGAAUCCGUUAAAAGUCAAUCGCUCUCUGCAUUGACGGAGGGGCAGCACGACGGUAGCACGACAGCAGCGACAAAAGCAACAGCAACAACAGCCGCCAAUAGCAGUGCUUCUGCCACAGUUAAUACCAAUUUAAACCACGGAUCGCAUAAACAGCGCCGCAACAACAACAAUAGAAGCCAUAAUCGAAACAAAAAGAGCUCCACCGCCGUAACAGCAACAACCAAUAAUAAUUAUAAAAAUACCAGUGCUGUCAACGCCUCCGUCGCAGUCGGAGUCGCUGCAGCCGCAUCAGUAGCAGUCUGCCAAGCCGUCUCCUCACGCCGUUCGCGCAGUCAAGGUCGCGUGAGCAGCAGCAGCAAGCAGAAUCAGGAGACGACUCAGCUUGCUAAGCGGUCGUCCGCUUUUCGAGUGACCAGCUCGCGUUCGCCCUCAUCGCAGCGAACGCUAAAAGCGAUCAAUCGAUAUCGCCGGGCAAUCGCAAGCGUCAGCAUCACCCUCACCAGCAGCAGAAGCAGCAGAAAAGCAGCAGCAAGAACAGUAAUAACAAGAAGGAUAAACCCAAUCGUAGCAGCCAACAAUCGGCACCCGGUGGUGAUCCGUUGGUGGAGAUUCCAACGCCGCCCAAGAAGCGACGUCUCCACCCGACAACGCCCAAUAAAAACAACAACGAGCCCGUGUCUGAGGGAGGUGGUGGAGGAGGAGGUAGCAGUAGCAGUAGCAGCUGUUGCAACCCCAUCAGCCGUAGGGGAAGGUGAGCGAACACCACGCCAGGCUUCCGGCGGCGAUUGUGUUGCCCAACGCACUCGCUCCAAGACCGUCUCACCGGAGGAACGGCCAAGCACCAGCAGCGCAGCGGCCGCAGCACGUCAGCGACAGAUCACGAGUAGCCCCAGCAGCACCUCUUUGCCAGCAACAAUCAAGCGCAAGUCCAGCGGACCAUUGGAGAAUACCACUACUCCAUUGCGCCGGUCACAUACAACAGGAGCAGCAGCCACACGCACCGGACGCACCGGCAAUCUGCUCAACUACUACCGCAAGACGCGCAAGGUCAGUCAUAGCCGCUCCAAGCAGCAGCAGCAGGAGGACCAGCAGAAAGCCGUCAGCAGCGAGAAACGUUUGCAGGCAAGCGAUUCAGUGGGGAUUGCGUCAGCGGCAGCGGUGACUGCAGCGGCCAUUGAAGCCACGUCCAGCAGCACCGAAACGUCGAAGAAAUCGCCGUCGUCGUCUUCGUACACCAUUAUCAAGCACGGGAAGAAUCGCAAGAGCUUGCGCCAUUCUCGCCAGCAGAACCUGGUGGAGGCCGGGGGAAUUGAUCAGGAGUUGGAUAAGAAGGACGGAAAUCUGGACGUUGAUAGCCUGCCUCUCCCGAGCACGUCCGCGGCGGACAGCGCCGAGGUCAAGCCAACGUCGUCAACGACUGGCGCCGAGGGAGUAAACAGUUUUGAGGCGUCCAAUUCGGAGGACACUUCGGAGGAUCAGGACGACGAGGAGGAGGAGGACGAAGAAGAGGAGGAGGAGGUGGGUUUCUACGAGUUUGCAAACUCUGCCGACUCUUCGUACGAAGAGGACGCCCAGAUCGUUGCCGAGGAGGACGAGAUAACUGAGGACGAGGACGUCGACGACGACGAGGAGGACGACGAUAUUGAAGAGGACGAGGAUCUCGAGGAGGAAGACAUCUCUGAGAGUGAAUUUGCCCAGCAACUAAUUGGAGAACUUGGUGGGGCAGGACCACCACCGGCACUGUACCAACAGCAGCAGCAGCCGCCACAGUUGACUCGGUACACGGGUGGUGGAGGAGCCACAGCUACAGCGACAGCAGCCACAUUUGUGCCACCGCCACAGCAACAGAGCUACAAUCAGCAGCAACAGCAGCAGCAGCAGCAGUCGUCCCUGCGACGCAGUUCACGAGGCAAGACGGGUUCCUGUGUGAGUUCGGCGGCAGCGGCACAGCAGCAGCAACACCAUCAAUCACACGGCAACGCUGCUGCUGCUUCUGUUCAACAACAACAACAGCAACAGGCACACCAACAGCCGCAGUUGCUGCCACCGCCGGGCACCUAUCAGUACCAGCAAGUAGGUGGCAACACCGUUGUUGUGGCCGUGCGACAUCAGCAACAGUUGCAGCAACAACAACAACAGCAGCAGCAGCAGCAUUUGGCUCUUCAACAGCAACAGCAGCAGCAGCAGCGUGCCACAAUCGUGCAACCGGGAUUCCUCUUCAGCUAUCGGAGUAAUCAUCCCCAACAACAUCCGCCGCAUCCUGCACAGCAGCAGCAGACACAAACUCAACAACAGACGCAGACAACUCAACAACAGAUCCAUCAGGGGCCCAAAGCGACGCAUAGCAGUGCUUCGGAUGCUUUAACCUAUAGUUUGAUGGCACAACAACCGCCAAGUGGACCGCCGCAUGCAGGUGGACAGCAAGUAACGACAGGUUCCAACUCGACAAACCUCAGUAUUGUUGCGGCUGCCCUGAGUGCCGCCCGUGACGUUCGUGAAUCCAUUGCCGGCGGAGGAGGAAGCAGCGGUGGUGGUGCGGCAGCAGCAGGGUCUGCAACAGGAAGUGGAUCGUCAGCAGGUGGAACCAGCGCGGUGGGCGCCACCAGCAGCAGCAGCGGCAGCGGCGGUGCCGGCUCAGCCAGCCAAAGCAACAAUGUAACAUCUGGCGGCGGAUCAGUGGCAGGUGGUGGCUCUGGCUCAGCAACCACCUCGACCACGAACAGCAGCAGCACCACCACCACCACCCAACAUGGAGCCGCCGACUCGGAGAGCGACGACAGCGAGGUGGGUCGCCUCCAGGCCCUGCUCGAGGCCCGCGGCCUGCCGCCGCAUCUGUUCGGAGCCCUCGGGCCGCGCAUGACGCACAUCCUCCAUCGCACGAUCGGAAACAACAGCAGCUCCAAAGCCAACCAGCUGCUCCAGGGACUGCAGUCGCACGACGAAUCCCAGCAGUUGCAGGCGGCCAUCGAGAUGUGCCAGAUGCUGGUGAUGGGCAACGAGGACACCCUGGCGGGAUUCCCCAUCAAGCAGGUGGUGCCGGCACUCAUCAAUCUGCUGCGCAUGGAGCAUAACUUUGAUAUCAUGAACAAUGCCUGUCGGGCUCUGGCCUACAUGCUGGAGGCCUUGCCCCGCUCCUCGGGGACAGUCGUGGAGGCUGUGCCCGUGUUCCUGGAGAAGCUGCAGGUCAUCCAGUGCAUGGACGUGGCCGAGCAGAGUCUGACGGCCCUCGAGAUACUCUCGCGUCGCCACAACAAGGCCAUCCUGCAGGCGAACGGCAUCUCGGCCUGCCUCACCUACCUGGACUUCUUCUCGAUCGUGGCACAGCGCGCGGCCCUGUCCAUCACCGCCAACUGCUGCCUCAACAUGCACUCGGAGGAGUUCCACUUUGUGUCCGAGAGCCUGCCCAACCUCGCGCGCCUCCUCUCGCAGCAGGACAAGAAGUGCGUGGAGAGCGUGUGCUCGGCCUUCUGCCGCCUGGUGGAGAGCUUCCAACACGACAGCAAGCGUCUGCAGCAGAUCGCCAGCGCGGAUCUGCUAAAGAACUGCCAGCAGCUGCUGCUGGUCACCCCAGCCAUCCUCAACACGGGCACCUUCACCGCCGUCGUCCGCAUGCUGAGCCUCAUGUGCGGCAGCUGCCCAGACCUGGCCAUCUCGUUGCUGCGCAACGACAUUGCCGCCACCCUGCUAUACCUGCUCACAGGCAACGCAGAGCCGGCCGCGGCCAGUGCCACCCACGUGGAACUUAUCGCCCGUUCCCCCUCGGAGCUGUACGAGCUGACGUGCCUCAUUGGGGAGCUGAUGCCGCGCCUGCCCCUGGACGGUAUCUUCUCGGUGGAUGCCCUGCUGGACAGACCCACGCUCAACACCCAGGACCAGGUGCACUGGCAGUGGCGCGACGAUCGCGGCGCCUGGCACAACUACUCGACCAUCGAUUCGCGACUCAUCGAGGCCGCCAAUCAGAGCAGCGAGGAUGAGAUCAGCCUCAGCACACUGGGACGCACCUACACCGUUGAUUUUCAUGCCAUGCAACAGAUAAACGAGGACACUGGCACCACCCGACCCGUGCAGCGUCGCAUGAAUCACAACUAUGUGGCACCCAUGGCCGCCGGACAAGAUCUGACUACAAAUUCAUCAGCGACAGCUGCCGCCGUAGCACCAGCUGCAAAUGGAGCCUCAACAUCGGCACAGGCAGCGGCAGCAGCAGCCUCUUCUGCAUCCACAUCCACAGUGACAGCAACGGCAGCCGCCACAUCUACGAGCAAUGCCAACAACAAUAAUAAUAAUAACAACAACAAUAACAAUCCACCACGAAGCCAAACGAAGCGUCGCCCCUCGCUGGACGCAAGGAUUGCCUGUCUGAAGGAGGAGCGCGGCCUGGCCGCCGAAUUCAUCAAGCACAUAUUCAACGUGCUCUACGAGGUGUACAGCUCCUCCGCUGGCCCCAAUGUGCGCUACAAGUGCCUGCGGGCACUGCUCCGCAUGGUCUACUAUGCCACACCGGAGCUGCUGCGGCAGGUGCUCAAGUAUCAGCUGGUGUCGAGCCACAUUGCCGGCAUGCUGGGCAGCAACGAUCUGCGCAUUGUGGUGGGUGCGCUGCAGAUGGCCGAGAUACUGAUGCGCCAGCUGCCCGAUGUCUUUGGCACGCACUUCCGCCGCGAGGGCGUCAUCUAUCAGUUCAGCCAGCUGACGGACCCCAACAAUCCGAUCUGCUCGAAUCCAUCGCCCAAGCCACUGAGUGCCACAGCUACACCCACCGCCAAUGCCAGUGCGGGAGGCUCGCAAUCGGCCCCCGCCUCGGCCAACAGUCUGCAGGUGAAUCCCUUCUUCAUGGACAGCAGUGCUCCGGGCGGCUCGUCGAGUGCCUCGGCCACGCCGAGCAGCAGCAAACAUCAGUCGUACAGCGUGAAGAGCUUCUCGCAUGCCAUGAACGCGCUCACGGCCAGUGCCAAGUCCGCACCAGCACCCGUUCCCGUACCCGUGCCCACUGGAUCUCUGGAUGCCACAGCCGCUUCUUCCACCUCUGGAUACAACUACAGCAGCUCGGCGCCAUCAUCAUCCUCUUCGACAGCCGCUGGACCACAGACGGCGUACUUUGUGUCCUCGCCGCAGGGUGAUCCGCGUCAAUAUGUGCACUUCCAGCAGCCGGCAGCCCCAGGCCCACCGCCGCCACAGCUGGAACUGGUGCCCAGUGGCAUCCAGCAGAUGUCCCAGGUGAUGUACACCCCAGCAGCAACGGCCAUGGGAGCACAGAACAAUUAUGCGUCCAAUCAAAUGGUUGUGGCCUCCACCAGCAGUGCCGCUGCCUCCGGCUCCACUGCAGCAGCUGGCAACAAUUCGUCAACAUCAUCCUCUUCAUUAUCGGCCACGGCACUGCAGCACAAGAUGACGGACAUGCUGAAGCGCAAGGCUCCGCCCAAGCGGAAGUCGCAGAGCAGCGGACGCGCCAAGUCCCGGCAGGAGGAUGCUGUUGUGGCAGCAGCUGCGGCCGCCGCUGCAGCAGCAGCCGCAUCAUCGGGCUCAGGAGGUGGACCACCAACUACUUCGGCCAUGCACGAUCUGCUCAGUCGCGCUACAAGUCUUGGCAGCAGCUCGGGGGGACGCGGCACGGGUAGCUCGGGCAGCGGUUCGGGCAGCUCCAAGAGUCGCUUCAAUGCUGGAAACAAUACCAGCGCCGGUUCUACGAAAUCCUCGUUCCUGGCCUCACUCAAUCCGGCACGCUGGGGACGCCAGACGGCCCACCAUCACCACCAUCACCAGCAGCAUCAGCAGCAGCAGUCGGCUCUGCAGCAUCAUGGACUGACCAAAGACUCCGGCAAUGCCAAUGCCAGCGGAGGAUCCUCUUCGGCCUCGGCCCUGGCCUACUCGGUGAGCCAGCAUGGCAGCGGUGCCGCUGGCGGAAUGAAUGCCGCCGCCGUGGCGGCCAGCAUCAGCAAGAGCAUCUCCCAUGCCAAUCUUCUGGCCGCGGCCAAUCGCGAACGGGCCCGCCAAUGGGUGCGCGAGCAGGCAAUUGACUUUGUCAAGCGCUACACGGAGCAAGAGGCACGACGCAGCAAGGCCUCCAGCGGAGGAGGCGGAGCCUCGGAGAGCAGCUCCGCAACAGCCUCGAACACACAGCUAUCGACGGCAGGCAGCACCAAUGUGCUGGAGCGUCUGUCGAGCAUUCUGCUGAAGCUGAACGGCAGCUACCACGACUGCCUCGACGCCCUGCUGGAGCUGAAGACGAUUCUGCUGGAGAGCGACAUCUCACCCUUCGAGGUGAACCACUCGGGCCUGAUCAAGGCCAUGCUCAACUACAUGACCAGCGAGUCGGGUCUGGUGGAGCGCGAUGCGCGUCUGCGCAGCUUCAUGCACGUCUUUGCAGGACUUCCCCUGGAACCCUUGACCCAGAAUGUGGGCCAGCUGCCCACUAUUGAGCCCGUGGCCUUUGGGGCGUUUGUGGCCAAGCUAAAUGGCUGCGUCACACAGCUGGAACAGUUCCCCGUUAAGGUGCACGACUUCCCAGCAGGUCCUGGUGGCAGAUCCAAUCAGAGCGCGUUGCGUUUCUUCAACACGCAUCAAUUGAAGUGCAACUUGCAGCGCCAUCCACAGUGCAGCAAUCUGCGGCAAUGGAAGGGCGGCACCGUCAAGAUCGAUCCCCUGGCCAUGGUCCAGGCCAUUGAACGCUAUCUGGUGGUUCGUGGUUAUGGCGGCAUUCGGGCCGACUCUGACGAUGACAGUGAGGAGGAUAUGGACGAUAAUGUGGCCGCUGUGGUGAUGACCCAGGCAGGCUUCAAGCACAAAUUGCAGUUUAUGAUCGGGGAGCAUGUGCUGCCCUACAACAUGACCGUGUACCAGGCCGUGAAGCAGUUCUCGCCGCUGGUCAACGAGCAGCCAGAGACCGACAAUGAGUCGGAGACGCUGCUGGGCAACGCGAGCAUCUGGGUGCAGCAGCACACAAUCUACUAUCGUCCCGUGGAGGAGGAGGCGGCAGCAGCGGCAACAGCACCCGCCACCUCCAGCAGCAGCUCUUGCAGCAGCAGUGCCCAGAAGCAUCAUCAACAAGCGACCAGCUCCAGCUCCUCUGCCCCGAGCUAUGGCAAUGCCUCGUCGUCGUGCUCCUCGUCGGGAGCGGCGAGCGGCUCCUCCUCGAAGAAGUCGCACAAGUCGAGCAGCAAGUUCAUGCGCAAGAAGACGGAGCUCUGGCACGAGGGCAUCGCACCCUGUGUGGUGUCUGCUCUGAAGCCUUUCCUCAACAGCGUGCUGCCCGCCGAUGUGGUGACGGUGCAGGACGCCUCCCUGGACGCCCUGUGCAUGCUUCGCGUCAUCCACGCCCUCAACCGCCAUUGGGAGCAUCUUUAUGGCUGUGUGGUGCGCCAGAACAUCAUUCCCCAGUCGGAGUUUGUGCACCCUAAGAUCACGGCCAAGGCCAAUCGGCAGCUGCAGGAUCCUCUCGUGAUUAUGACCGGCAAUCUGCCACAGUGGCUGCCACAGAUCGGCAUGGCCUGCCCCUUCCUCUUCCCCUUCGAGACGCGCCAUUUGCUGUUCUAUGCCACCAGCUUCGAUCGGGAUCGCGCUCUCCAGCGCCUGCUGGACACCACGCCAGACCUGAAUGCCGCCGAAUCAUCGGAGCGUGUGGCCCCGCGUCUCGACCGCCGCAAGCGGGCCAUUUCCCGUGCCGAGAUCCUCAAACAGGCCGAGCACAUCCUCCAGGACUUUGGCCACUCGAAGGCCCUGCUGGAGAUCCAGUACGAGAACGAAGUGGGCACUGGCCUCGGCCCCACCCUAGAGUUCUAUGCUCUGGUCUCUUCUGAGCUUCAGCGCACGGAUCUGGGGCUCUGGAACGGCAGCGACAGCUAUCGCCAGAAUUCAGUGACCAUUGUGGAUGUGGUAAAGUCCAGCAGUGCUGUGCUACACAUUGAGGAUGCUCUCGAUGCGGCCACCAUGGAUCAGUCACCGCCAGCAGCUGCCACAUUAGUCAGCAGCAGCAGCACCACCACGACGACGACAACAACAACAACCCAUCAGCCGCCACAUCAUCCACAUCCCACCCGCUCCAGCGGUCGCUCGCACGCCCUGCGCAGUGGAGCUGGACAACAGCAGCAGCAGGCGGAGCACAGCUCCUCCAGUGCUGGCUCCAAUGAGAACGCUUUAAAUAUGAUAAUCGCACAGCAAAUAAGUGAUAUGGCUGCUCAGAAUCAGAAUGAUCCAGCCACAACGACGACGACGGCGACGGCUGGCAGCACAACAAACACCAACAGCACCACAGCUGCCGUAGCAGCAGCGGAGCAAGCGCAGAUGCAGACAACCACAACCACCACGACGAUGAGCUAUGUGAAUGCGGUGCAUGGCCUGUUCCCACUGCCGCUGGGCAAAUCGUCGAAGCUGCCACAAAUGACCAAAGCCAAGACCAAGUUUAAGUUCUUGGGCAAAUUCAUGGCCAAGGCUGUGAUGGAUAGCCGCAUGCUGGACUUGCCCUUCUCAUUGCCCUUCUAUCGCUGGCUGGUCAGCGAGGAGCAUUCUAUUGGCCUGGCCGAUCUGAUGCGUGUGGCACCGGAGGUGCAGAAUACAUUGGUGCGCCUGCAGGAUGUGGUGCGCCAGCGUGAGUAUCUGCUGACCGAUCCCAAUCUGGAUGCCAUGGAGAAGACGGAGAAGAUUGAGAACCUCGAUCUCGAUGGCUGUCCCAUUGCUGAUUUGGGGCUGGACUUUGUCUUGCCUGGUCAUGCCAACAUUGAGCUGUGUCGCGGUGGACGCGACACGCCCGUGACUGUACACAAUUUGCGUCAGUACAUCUCGCUGGUCACCUACUGGUUCCUCAUCGAGGGCGUACAGAAGCAGUUUGAGGCACUGCGUGAGGGCUUCGAUUCCGUCUUUCCCAUACAACGUUUGCGCAUGUUCUAUCCGGAGGAGCUGGAGUGCGUGUUCUGUGGUUCGGCCAGUGAGCAGCAGCACCAGCGCUGGGAUGCCAAAAUGCUGCAGGACAGCUGCCGUACGGAUCACGGCUUCCACCAGGAAUCUCAGGCCAUACAGCAUUUGUACGAGAUCCUCUCGUCGUACAACCGCGACGAGCAGCGCGCAUUCCUGCAGUUCGUGACGGGAUCGCCGCGUCUGCCCACCGGUGGCUUCAAGGCGCUCACACCGCCGCUGACCAUUGUGCGCAAGACCCUGGAUGGCAAUCAGAAUCCCAAUGAUUAUCUACCAUCUGUGAUGACCUGUGUCAACUAUCUGAAGUUGCCCGACUACUCCACCCGUGAUGUGAUGCGGCAGAAACUGAAAGUGGCCGCCAACGAGGGCAGCAUGUCCUUCCAUCUCUCCUAAGCAGAGCAGCAAAACACUACCAACUAAGACACCCAAGACCAGAGAAGAAUUAACCACUAAAACAACAUGGAAACAAGUCGAUAAAGGCAUACUAAAUAGUAGCCUAGUCAGCAGUCAUACAACGUCCACAAAGGGCGGUGAAAAACGGCAGCAUCAAUCUUAAAUUCGUUUCGUUGCCGUUUCUCAAUUCUAAUUUCUGAUUGAGUCGACUCCCUCUACUCUUUCGAUUUCCUUCCGAGACAUCUCCAUACACGCUUACGGCCCAGCUUCCGGCUCUUUGCUUAAAUUCAAUAUUAAUAUAUGGAUAUAUUUUGGUUAUUUCAACAUUUCGAUGGAACACGCACACAAAAAAAUACAGGAAAUUGGAGACAGAGGGACAGAAUUACAUGGAGACACUGUUACACAUACGAAAUCACACGAAAAUGUUCUUAAAUAAAUUAAAUAGUUAAAGAAAAGCGGUUGUUCGGUAACCGAUAUCCAAUUUUUCCCCCGCCACCCCACUCCAAUUACACUUCAGGGCAAUUUGUUCUUGUGAUGUGAGCUGAGCGUGUGAGGCUCGCGUUGUAGUUGAAAUUUGUUUGGGGUUUUCUUUAUGCUUAUGGUAAUCAUUUCAUUAAGUUUAUUUUUAUUUGUUAUGUCAAACAAUGUGCUCUGGCGUUUAAAUAUGAGUUUAAUUAAUUUCUAAGCAUACCUACCAUGUGCAUAAACGCUUAUUAGAACCGACGGAUCGUAGAAGAAGGGUGAUAAACGGAAUAGAAGGAAGGUAGAAGGAAUUAGAUGCAGUAGCAGACUGCUGGCGGUGGACUGGAUAGAUCUCCGAGCGCCAGGGAAAAUGAGGAUUCAGUGAAGAGAAGCAUAGACAUUUAGAGGAAAACGAGAUCCACCCUUGAGAAGUUACACUUAAAGAAUAAAUAAUAUAAUCUAAUAUAUCUUCUAAUCGAUUGAAAGAAAAUUCUGUGUUACAAAAGGAGAGCGAAGAGUGAAGGCCAGAGAAUGGAUAAUGGAGUAGUGGAUGGGCAGUGUGAUUGGAGAAGAGUGUGAGUGUUUCAUUUGUUUGUUUCACUUGCGAAGAAUCUAUGAAAAACAAAAGGCAAAAAGAAAAAGCGAAAAGAAAACGCAUCAAAUGGAGUUUAGUGUUUAGCAACUACAUCCCGCAUCCUCUUACAUCAACUAUGCAUAUAAAUUACAAGUAUAUAUAUAUAGAAAUCAAUAUAUUAUAUCGUAAAUUGUAACUUUACAUAAAUUUAUUGUACUGGAAGAACAGAAAGAGCCCCAAGCAUAGAGAGGGACGCACAUUUGGUGUGCUCCAGAAACAGCAGAAGAAAGUGAAUCAGCAGGAAAGCUAAUAAAUAAUACAGUUUAAUAUUAAUAAAA